CACUGCCAGUGGUGCAAGCCUACUGCCAGUGGUGCAAGCCUAUUACCAGUGGUGCAAGCCUACUGCCAGUGGUGCAAGCCUACUGCCAGUGGUGCAAGCCUACUGCCAGUGGUGCAAGCCUACUGCCAGUGUGUGGCAGUCAGCCUACUCACCGAACUCUGGGCCACGGUCAUCGCUGGCGUGGGUCGCGGGGAGGCUGA